AUGUUGUCGACACGAGCUCUGGGUCUUGGACCCGCCCUCAGGCAAGCCGCUCUCAAGCCAAGGCUCUCACAGGCACCAGCUCUUCGGUCAUUGGUCGCCAAACGUACCAUCCAAACUCAAUCACUUCCCCCCUCCUCUUCGCAGGAGAUCCUCAAUGCGCAACGCCUGAAGCGUCCCUCUAGCCCCCACUUCACCAUCUACCAAUUUCAGCUGACAUGGCUGGGCUCGAUCGCUAACCGUAUGACGGGUGCAGCUCUUAGUGUCUUGCUGUACGGAUAUGCUAUCGCUUAUCUCGUCGCCCCCACUACGUUUGAUUCGGCACAUGUUAUCGAGUUAGUCGCUGGCCUUCCGGACGCCGUGAAGAUUGCUGGCAAGACCAUUCUCGCCGCGCCGUUUGCGUUCCACUCCCUCAACGGUCUGCGACAUUUGAGUUGGGACAUGGGUAAAUUCCUCAGUUUGAAAGGCGCCUACCAGUCCGGCUACGCGGUCCUUGGUGCUACCGCCAUCGGCACCGUUGCCUUGGUGCUGCUGUGA